ACGCAGGACAAACGAGACCCAACCUCUCACAGACAUGCAGAAUCUGACGUUCGCCUUUGUGGCCGUCGCGGCCCUUGCUUUGGCCGCCGCGGCGCCCAAGCAGGACUCCAAUAACUGCCCCUCCCUCCAGCCGAUGACCAACUUCAACGCCUCGGAGAUGGUCGGAGUCUGGUACGACAUUGCACACACCAACAGGAGAACCGGGUUGAAGCUCAAGUGCGACCUGAUUAAAUUCAGUCCGGACCUGACCGAUCCCUCAAAACUCGAAUUCAACAGCUUCUCCUACAGCUCCGCCACCAAGAGUGUGGUUUCGGUUGCCGGCAAAAUCUGCUCGCCGACCAAGAAAAACGUUCCAGACGGUACGAUCGCCGUGACGAUUCCAAGCCUGAACAUCGAAAAAGUCGAGAUGAAAGUGCUUUCGACCGACUACAAGACCUUCGCUGUUCUUGCCGUCUGCCACCAACUUGGAAACGGCACUUCCUUUCCCAAAGCGUUGGUGUUGACCCGCGAGCACGAGCCGAGCACAAAGCUGAAGAACGCGGCCUUCAAGGUGCUGGACAACAACAAAAUCGCGAGGCGCACCAUGAGCCUGACGUCGCACAGCAAAUGCCACAGCUACGACCUCUCAUCCAAGACCGAGCAGCAAGCGAGCACUCUCGGCCACGGCACCAGCCUCGGAGGAAUCGUGUCUUUGCCGAACGCGGCCCAGCAAGACGCGGCCACCACCAAGCAUCCCAAGAGCCGCUGAUCACUGUUUGUUUGUUUGUUUGUUCCUUACAUGUCCGGCUGAAACAAAUAAAUUUUUACUGCGCGUCCAUGAAA